AUUUAGUACGAUGUUAAAUCAUUUUUAGUAUGAUACUAGGUUAAAAAAAGGAUUUUGAUAAUUUUAAACGAGUUUAGUAUCGUACUAUCUUCUUAACAUUUUACUAAAGUUAAAAUCACCAAAUGGCUACUUUAUCUUUUUAGUAUCGUAUUAAAUCUAUGUCAUACAGAUUUUUCUUGUCAUUUUUCUCAAAUGUGACAGUGUUUUAAAAUUGAUAAAUUGUGAAAUAAAAUUUAUUUAUACAUAUCAUAAAAAGUAAAUUAAUUUAAAAUGUUUUCGGAAGAAGAAGAUUUUGAAAUGUUUAAGGAUUCAGUGUUGUGUAGGAAAGUUAAAAGUUUUAAAACUCGAGCAAAUCCUCUUGAAGAGCUGGACGAUGGUGAAUUUUACUCCAGGUAUAGAUUUGAUAAAACAACUGUUCGGUUCUUGGUUGAAAAUCUUGACAUCCAAGACCCUAUUACAAACCGUGGGCUACCUAUUUCUCCAGAUUUGCAAGUUCUAGUUACGUUACACUUUUUUGGAAGAAAUGUCCAUCAAUCUGAUGUUGGAGCAUUACAUGGAAUGGUGCAGUCCACAGUGGGAAAAAUAAUUAAAAACAUCGCAAAAAGAAUUGCUUCCCUACUUCCACACUUUAUACAGUUCCCAUCUUCCCCUGCGGAGUUGAAUGACAUCAAAUCCGGAUUUUACAAUAUCGCCAGGUUCCCAAAAGUCAUAGGUGCAAUCGAUUGCACUCAUUUGCAAAUCAAGCGACCAGCUAGGAUUGUGGGACCUAUUAUGGCUGGCCACUACAUAAAUAGAAAAGGUUAUUAUUCAUUAAAUGUCCAAAUUGUAACGGAUCAUAAAUGCAGAAUUAUAGAUAUCGUUGCAAGAUCUCGUGGGUCUCUUCAUGACUCCAACAUUUGGAACAAUUGUCGCCUUAAAAGUAAGCUUGAAGAAAGUAUUAGCAUCCAUCAGGGUAUCUUGUUAGGCGAUGCUGGAUAUCCAUGUUCCAACAUUUUGCUAACCCCUUUAAGAAACCCGAGCUCCAGAAAAGAAGAAAAAUAUAACAAUUCUCAUACUUCCACAAGAAGCCGUAUAGAAUGCCUAAAUUAA